ACAACAUUUGUACAAACUGAAAUUCUGUGAGGAAAAAGUAGAUAAAGUUUAGUUUAGAGCCCGCACCACAAUUCAUUGACUUUACUCCAAUUCCAAAGUCCAAACAAAACAAACUUCCCAUCAACCUCUGCUUUAUUAGUCCACUCCCACCGGCCCACCCACCACCGGUUGUAACCCAGAUUAAAUCCAAAACAAACAAUAAACCCACAACAAAAGGCAAACAUCUCUCUCUCUCUCCCCGUCCCAAACUUGAUCAAUUCAAACAUAGAGUCCAUCGCAGAAAGGUGGAUGCAACCAACCUUUCUCCUGUUUCAUUUCUGUCUUUCUUGGAGCUCUAGGUAAUCAUCCUCUUCUUCUUCUUCUUCUUCUUCUUCUUCUUUGUGUCUCUCAUGGCGCAUCUUUACAGACAGUUGUUGUCAAAAGAGUUGGACGAUCCAGAGUAUUGUUCACCUGGAUGUAACUCGACGGAUAAUUGUCCAUCCUUCUGUUAUGGCCUUUGUCCUUCUUACUGCCCAUCUUAUUUAAUUUCUUUGCCUCCUCCCCCUGUCGAAGGAUCAUCUCAUGCGGCAUCCCACAUCUCACCCUUUUUGAUCAUCCUGAUCACCGUACUGACCAGUGCCUUCCUUCUCGUUAGCUACUACGCCAUCAUUGUCAAAUACUGUUCAAACUGGAACACCCGUUUCAGGAGAUCACCUCCACCUCGAUCCGACGAUAUCCGCCAAGAUUUUCUUGACGAGAAUCAUGGCCCCGUCUUGGAUCACCCUAUUUGGUACAUCACCACUGUUGGUCUCCAGGACUCCAUCAUCAAUUCCAUCACCGUCUGCAAGUAUAAGAGAGGAGAUGGCCUCACCGAAGGCACCGAGUGUUCGGUUUGUCUCAACGAGUUCGAAGACGACGAGACUCUGCGUCUCCUACCCAAAUGCAGCCACGCUUUUCACCUCCCCUGUAUCGACACUUGGUUGAGAUCCCAUAAAAAUUGCCCCUUGUGUCGUGCACCUAUUGUAGCUAGCACCUCUGGCCCACAGACGACGACUCCGCCGCCGCCAAAUUCCAACAAUCUUCCCGCUGGGGAUGAAAUCCUGGUGGAGAAUUCUCAGAGCGAUCCCAGGCUGGGAAGCAAUCAAACCAGAGAACGUGGGGUCUGCGACCUGAUGGGCGUUGGAACUGAGAAUGAAGAAAUCCCGGUCGAGGAGGAUGGAAGGAGCGAUUCCGGGAUACCAAAGGAUGGAGUCCCUUCACCCCUUCCGAGUUCUGGAUUCCGGGUUCCCUGUGAUUUGCGCGACAGUCGUCGGGAAGUGGAGGAUGAGAUGCAGCCAGUUGGGCGGUCUGUUUCUAUGGAUUCAUCUCAGGCUGCGAUCAUCAGUUUCUCCAUAGCUAAUUCUCUCCAAUUACAAUCGGAAGGGAGUUCAUCUACUCGACUAGUCCUUGUAAAUAAAUCCGAUCCCGAUAUUGUUAUAAAGCAUGUCAGUGAAAGUCCGAGCGUCCUCAGCGAAAUGGGUAGUUCUUCCAUUGGGCGAUCUCUGCUGAAGGGGCCUGUUUCCAUGAAAAGAUCAUUCUCGAGUGGUGGGAAGUUCUUAUCCAGAUAUGGCCGGAGCCGGAACUCGAUUCUUCCUUUGUGAGGUCUUUAAAUUCUUUUCAUAUCAUCGACUGCCAAUCCAUAGACAAUUGUAAUUUGUAAAUGAGAAAGAAGCUCAAAAUAAAAUCUGGCCGGGAAAAAGAAUUUUGGCGCUUCGGAUGCGAUUUCAAGGUUCAUAAUGAGAACUAAGAAAUUUGUAAAUGGGGUUUUUGUUUCCAUGUCCUACAGACGAAGUUAAGAUAUGGUUUUCUGUGAUGCAUUAUUUUAUACGCGGAACACAGUGGGAGUUCUGUGGAGAAACCUUUUCUGUAUGUAAGUAAUUUUUCCGGAAAUGUUUCUUCCUGGUCCUGGAUAGGCUAAUCUCUGUGGUCUAUUUUGUUUGAUCGGUUUUGUUGGAAGUGUUUGAGUUUCUUAGAAGAUAAACUGAUCUGUUUGGAACUCUGUAAUUUCCCAUCCUAUAAGCCUCUUUCCUUCUCUGUUAUUAGCGAACAUUGUUAUAGCUUUAAGCUGUUGAUUGUUUAAUUGUUUCCUUUCUUGGUAUGGAUGGAUAUAACA